UUGCUGUGAACAGCUGAAGCGGGACACUUCGCUCAGAGCUCGGGACGAAGAGGGAGCAGUUGCAGUGCUCUAUGCGUGAAGUCCAACUGACAGGGGAGAGUGUUGGGGUAAUAAGGCGUUACGGCAUAUUCGUCGUUUUUUUAUAUAUAUAUUUAAACGGAUUUUUGUUUUAGAGUAGCUAACGAAAUUCAGUUUAUGUCUUUUUGCCAGCUAGUCAGCCUAACACAUAGCGAGCAACACAGACAGGGCAACAGACUAGCCAGCACCCCGUUAUUUUGACCGAAACGAACAGUUGCUAAACAGCUUGUUCCCAACAGUUACAUUUGCUGAAUCAGCCACAACAUAUAGUAAUUUACCAGAGGAACACAUAUAACGUUAAAUUGUAAGCAUGUUCAGCUGGGCAAAUAAGGACGGGAAGAAGAAAGAUCCCGAACUCUUUCAGACUGUCUCGGAUGGGCUGAAACGUCUUUACAAACAAAAACUCUUUCCCUUAGAAGACGCUUAUCGCUUUCACGACUUCCACUCACCGGCUUUAGAAGAUGCUGACUUUGACAACAAGCCCAUGGUGCUUUUGGUCGGCCAGUAUUCCACAGGCAAAACUACAUUCAUUAGGCAUCUUAUGGAGCAAGACUUUCCUGGUAUGAGGAUAGGCCCCGAACCGACCACCGAUUCUUUCAUUGCGGUUAUGUACGGAGAGCAAGAGGGACUGGUGCCAGGCAAUGCAUUGGUUGUUGAUCCUAAAAAGCCGUUCCGAAAACUUAACGCUUUUGGCAACGCCUUCCUGAACAGGUUCGUGUGUGCCCAGAUGCCCAACCCUGUGCUGGACAGCAUCAGCAUCAUAGACACCCCAGGAAUCUUGUCGGGAGAGAAGCAGAGGAUCAGUAGAGGUUAUGACUUCGCCGCCGUGCUGGAGUGGUUCGCCGAGCGAGUGGACCGCAUCAUCCUCCUGUUCGACGCCCACAAGCUGGACAUCUCGGACGAGUUCUCAGAGGUGAUCCGCGCGCUCAAGAACCACGAGGACAAGAUGCGCGUGGUGCUCAACAAGGCCGACCAGAUCGGCACGCAGCAGCUGAUGCGCGUCUACGGCGCCCUCAUGUGGUCGUUGGGCAAGAUCGUCAACACGCCCGAGGUCAUCCGCGUCUACAUUGGCUCCUUCUGGGCGCAGCCGUUGCUCGUGGCCGACAACCGCAAGCUGUUCGAAGCCGAGGAGCAGGACCUGUUCCGCGACAUCCAAGGCCUGCCCAGGAAUGCUGCCCUGAGGAAGCUUAACGAUCUCAUCAAGCGCGCCCGCCUGGCUAAGGUCCAUGCCUACAUCAUUAGUGCUCUGAAGAAAGAGAUGCCCAACAUGUUUGGAAAGGAGAACAAGAAGAAGGAGCUCAUUGCCAAUUUGGGCGAAAUAUACACCAAGAUUGAGAAAGAGCACCAGAUCUCACCUGGGGACUUCCCCAAGCUGGCUAAAAUGCAGGAGAUCCUGGCUGGACAGGACUUCAGCAAGUUCCAGGUGAUCAAGCCCAAGCUGAUGGAGUCGGUGGAGGACAUGCUGGCCAACGACAUCGCCAAGCUGAUGACGCUGGUACGCCAGGAGGAGGCGAACAUGCCCAGCCAGCAGGUGCAGGGCGGCGCCUUCGAGGGAACCAUGAAUGGCCCGUUCGGCCACGGCUAUGGCGAGGGCGCCAGCGAGGGCAUCGAUGAGCUGGAGUGGGUGGUGGCGCGCGACAAGCCCACCUACGACGAGAUCUUCUACACGCUGUCGCCCGUCAACGGCAAGGUGUCUGGCAACAUGGCCAAGAAGGAGAUGGUCAAGUCCAAGCUGCCCAACACGGUGCUGGGCAAGAUCUGGAAGCUGGCCGACGUGGACAAGGACGGGUUCCUGGACGACGACGAGUUCGCGCUGGCCAACCACCUCAUCAAGGUGAAGCUGGAGGGCCACGAGCUGCCCACCGACCUCCCCGAACACCUGAUUCCACCCUCCAAACGGGGGCUGUAGACGGAGCCGGGCAAAGCAGACGGGCGACGGUGGUCUUUGAGCCAGGGUGGGCUGGGGGUAGGGCAGCGUGGGGUCUAAGGGGUUAAAUUCAGAGGGAGUAAAAGGCGUACAGGUUUGCAUUCCAGAAUCCUCAAUGUUACAAAACAUCCCAAACCUGUGUGGGAGAGCACACACAAAUGUAAUCUGCUGGCAUAUGUCUUCUUUUUUUAAGAAAAACCAAAAAGCAAAAAAACCCUGUACUUUAGGCAUUUGUCUCGUGAUUAACAGGUUUCGAUCGUUGUGGUGCCUUGAGUGCAGCCUUCUGGGUAGGUGGGGAUUCACAAGGGAAAUGUUUUGCAAGGCAAAGAUGGAGUUGGUAAAAUACACCCUAUUAAAUAACCAUAAAUAAAUAAUAUACAAAAAUGAAA